GAGGGGUUUGCUACUGCGCAUCUUUUGGGUACUGAAAGUGCUUUACGCCAUGUUUUCUAGGUUGUCUUUGUUUUUCUAUUGAGUCUAGAGUUGGCUGUGGAACUACGCGCAAGAUUCCUUUUCCAGCAGGAUGGUUUGGUGCAGCAGUUGCUAGGGGCUGUGGAACUAUUUUAAAGGAAGGAAUAUGCGGACUUACAAAUGUGGAAAAACUGUGUGCUUUUGUGGAUUUUUUUCUGAAGUGGGAUACAGACUAGACAUUUGAAGAGAGAAGUAUGAAGAUGGGAAUAUAUGGUCUUGAUCACUGAACUUCAAUGAUGAAGCAAUUAACUCCAGAAGAAGACAGUUUUGCUUGGAGUGUUGUAGGCAUGUUUUCUGCUACUGAUACUAAACAGACAGAAUUUCUGAGUGGUGUUCAUUAAAGCCCUCUCACGUUGUUCAUUUUAAAUGGUCUCAGAAAGUUGGUCUUUGUGAAAUUUGGAGUUGAUUGUUGAAGCUGACUGCUGCUCAGAUCACUUUAAUGUUGGAAAUAAUGGUGGAUUUUCAACUCAACUUCAUAGUGAUUGGUGUGUGUGUCAUCCUCAUUUCUUUUGUUAAAGGUGAUGACCCUGAUAUAGUACUUGAUCCAGGGAAGAAGUUUAAAUCUGAUCCAGGGAAACAUGCAAAUGGAGCAACUGUGGCACCAGAAGAUGCCUUGCCAUUUUUAAACUGUAAUUGUUCGGGGCACUGUCCUGAAGAUGCCCACAACAACACAUGCAAAACAAAUGGACAUUGCUUUGCCAUUAUCGAAGAAGAUGAACAUGGAGAAGUCACAGUUGGCUCUGGCUGCAUGAGAUAUGAAGGUUCAGACUUUCAGUGCAAGGACUCCCCAAAGGCGCAGACACGGAGGACAAUUGAGUGCUGCCGAACAGACUAUUGCAAUGGAUUAUUGCAGCCGACACUUCCACCACCUGCAGAUGUAUUUGAUGGUAGUAUCCACUGGCAAGCUCUUUUGAUAUCGUUGAUUUUCUGCCUCAUCUUACUGGGUGCCCUCACACUGUUCUUUUACUACAGGUUUAGAUACCACAUGAGCCGACCAGUGUAUAUCAGAGACUUUCGGCAAGGUGAAGCAUUUAUUCCAGCUGGAGAAUCCUUGAAAGAUUUGAUUGACCAAUCUCAGAGUUCUGGUAGUGGAUCUGGCCUUCCAUUGCUGGUUCAACGAACUAUUGCUAAACAAAUUCAGAUGGUGCGUCAAAUUGGAAAAGGACGAUAUGGUGAGGUAUGGCUGGGAAAAUGGCGUGGUGAGAAAGUUGCAGUUAAAGUAUUCUUUACAACUGAAGAAGCCAGUUGGUUCCGGGAAACUGAGAUCUACCAGACAGUCUUGAUGAGACAUGAAAAUAUAUUGUGUUUUAUUGCAGCUGAUAUAAAAGGAACAGGCUCCUGGACACAGCUAUAUUUGAUCACUGAUUACCAUGAAAAUGGUUCCCUGUAUGACUAUCUGAAAUGUACAACUCUGGAUACUAAGGCAUUACUCAAACUAGCAUUUUCAGCUGGCUGCGGUCUUUGUCAUCUUCACACGGAAAUCUAUGGAACCCAAGGGAAACCUGCCAUUGCACACAGAGAUCUAAAGAGCAAGAAUAUCCUUGUGAAGAAAAAUGGAACCUGCUGCAUUGCGGACCUUGGUUUGGCAGUUAAAUUUAACAGUGAUACAAAUGAAGUUGAUAUACCACUGAACAGUCGUGUUGGAACAAAACGUUACAUGGCACCAGAAGUACUGGAUGGCAGCUUGAAUAAGAAUCAUUUCCAGGCUUAUAUAAUGGCAGACAUAUACAGCUUUGGACUGAUUAUCUGGGAGAUGGCCCGGCGAUGUGUAACUGGAGGUAUAGUGGAAGAAUAUCAAUUGCCAUAUUAUGACGUGGUGCCAAGUGACCCAUCCUGUGAAGAUAUGAGGGAGAUAGUGUGUGUUAAGUGCCUGCGUCCAUCGGUGUCCAACAGGUGGAACAGUAAUGAGUGUUUAAGAGCUGUAUUGAAGUUAAUGUCCGAAUGCUGGGCUCAUAAUCCCGCAUCUAGACUUACUGCAUUGCGAAUCAAGAAAACACUAGCCAAGAUGGUGGAAUCACAAGAUAUAAAAAUUUGAUAAAAUGGAACUGAAAUUGUCCAUGGAUAUCUAAGUGCGGUACGAAAUGGAGCUUGUGCUGACAGGAGGACACAACUAUUGAUCUACUUAUUUUAUUACACUUCAAAGGCUGCUGACUUCUAAAUGUCAAAAACUGCAACAUAUUUCUGGGAGCUCAUCUUAAGUGGAAGACUUUACACUACGUAAUAGGUAUUAGGCAGCCUGUUCUUAAUUGUUGGUGCACGUUUUAUUGCUCUGAAAUCAGGACUUUAUGCCUAUGUUUGAGACUGGGGUAUAUGUCUCUUCCCCAGAAAACUCUGGGAACUCAACUGCACGUUGGUGGUGCUUUCUGUGAAAGCCUUUAUAAAGCUAUAAUGAAUUGUUUUUGAGACCUUUAUUAUAUUUUUUAUCUUUAAAAUAUAGCCAACUUGAACUAAACAUUUAAAAGAUAUCUUAAGUUUGCCAAGUUUUUUGUCAGGUUUUUCACACCCAAUGUUUUUAUUUAUCUUUUAUAUCUAUAUAUAUAUAUAUAUAUAUAUAUAUAUAUAUAUAUAUAAUUUUUUUUGGUGGGUGCGCCAUUUCCUUUCUGUGUAAUUCUAAGCGCAUUUAUACACACAACCUUUCAAAAGAAAAAAAUAUUUGAAGUUCUCUUCACUCAUCUUUUGCAGAAUCAACCCACGCUACCAAGAUUCAGUAAUUUUGCUCAGUUUUUAGAGUUGUAUAAUGAUGAGCAUCUGAUCAUUAGAAUGUCAUUGUGACAUUUAUGAGGCUGUUUACUUGGUGUGUAUCCUGGAUUCUUACAUUAGAUGAAUUAGAGAUUGUCAGUUGGCCGCUGUAUAUUUUUCACAUAGGUUCUACCAAGGCUGCUGUUAAACAUUUGAUAGUCAAAUUUUCUUUCUAGACAUGUAUUGGAAACCAUAAAAUGUGUUAAAAUGUGGCCAGAAUCAGACAGCAUAACUAGCACCUGUAUACCACAUUCACAUUAUAGCUGCCUUAUUUUAAUGUUUCAUCAUAUAGCCUUAUUGUACCCUUAAUUAUGCAAGUAUUUGUUUGUGUCGUGCUGUUUUAACUUGGGUGGCCUUUUGAAGAGGAAACCACAAGUGAACUAAUAAUACCAUAUUUUGUGAAAUUAUAAAUGUUUGUAAAAACUAUAGAAUAACCAUCUUUAAAGUAUCUGUCUUUCAUUACCUGCAAAACAUUUUAUGGGUUAGGAAGCCUUUGCAGUGUUUUGUAUUUUUUAAUAUAUUCUGAGAACUGUAUAGAAACAAAGUUAAAAUCAAAGUGUAUGCCCCUGUUUCUGUCGUAAUAAUUGCUGUGUUUUACAAGCUGUGCAGAUUUUUCAUUAUUUUAUUUUAGAGGUCCUGCAGUAAGGAAAAGUGCCACAUGUUUCCCUAGCAGAUUUUUUGCAACAGUGUUACUCAGUGUCACAGUCUUAGAAAUUGUUAAUUUCCGUCCAUUGCCAGUGUUGCCCAGAAAGCAUUUAAGUUACCAGUAUUUCUAUAAUAUUGUCUCUGUUUGCCAUGAGAGUAGCAUCAUUAAAUUUGCCCUAAAUUGAAUGUUCCUGUUCCAGCUUUCUUUACGAGAGCAGUUUUUUCUGGACUGCCUAUGUUCUACUUCAUCAGCUGUGCACAAACCCAUAUAGUAAUUUUUUUUCUAAACUAGUUUGCAUAAUGUCUUUUUUAUUUUUGGGUGGAAUCAAGUUUUCUGAAUCUGGAUUUGCAGUCCUUGUGAAAACUUACAUUGCACAACUUAAUUUUUUCACCCCUGUAGUAAUAGAGAAACAAGUGUGUAAGAGCAGUGUCCUUGUCCUGCAUAGCCAUGGGGACAGAAUGAUUUGAAAUACGAACACUGUAAAUGGUUAGUAAUAAAAUAAUUCCUGAUAUACAUGA